AUGGCCUUCUCGGCCCUCGCGUCCCUCGCCGGUUUGCUCUUCAUGAUAUGGCAUACUUAUCACUAUGACCGCUGGAAGUGUCUUCUCUACACCAAGGAUGAAUGGUUCCGAGCUUUCAUGUGUCAUGUGCUGUUUGGAUCUGUCAUGUGUCUACAAGUCUACACCUGGAUAGACGUGCAUGUUAUCUACGCCGAGUACUGGAUCUACUACCCCGCCUUGGAGGAGACCAUCGUCACCCCCUGGUCGCUAUACACGCCUACGCACUAUAAGCUAUUCCGAACCAGUCUCUACUUUAUCACUGCCGGUUGGGGUUUCUUGCAGGGUGUGCAUCUUGAAGAAUUCCUCUACUGGGCCUACCUGAUCAAAUCCAUCAACACCCCCGGUGGACCACGAACCACCUGGCUCCAUUCCGGCUUUUUCAAAGUCUGGGUCGGCCUCUUCAUCUCCUGUUUCGCCUUGUUGAUCGGCUCGGUGCAUAUCGAAGAGCAUGACUUGGAUUUGAUGAGGAGUUAUCUGUUCAUGGUCGGAGGUUCCAUGAGUCUUGUUUUGGCGUUCGCCUCUAUCGCUCUUUGUAUCGUCUUUCCCUCUUUCUUGCGAAACGUCAAACGCCAAGGCGCCUCCUCCGAAGUCCUCGAAAGACUGUACUUCUUCUCUGAAGUCAACGAGAUCAGGAUAGUGUGCAGGAUCGUAUACAGUGUCUCUUUCUUGGUCCUCUCAGCCGAUGCCUUUACCACAAACCAGGAAAUCAACAAAAGUCCAUUCUGGUCUGACGCUCUUUACCUUUGUGGACAGCUUGGUCUGUUCUCUGCUACCUGUCUCUCCGUGGUCAUCCUUCUUCCCAGAAAUAUGACUUCCGAAUCUGUCCCCACCCUCGCUCAAACCGAAAACCAACUCAUGGUAGCCUAUCAGCGCCCUCAGCCCGACGGGUACUCGCCCCAACAGUUCUACGAACUCGGCGAGCGUCUCAACGUGGGGCACGAUGCCCUGGCUAUCGGUCUCGCUUCCCUCAACCCCAACAAUGUCGGCCAUAUGGGCGGCAAAGAAGGGUUCGAGAUGCAAGUCACCCCUCCCCUUCCCACGCACUCCCACAGCCAAGACGACAUCUCUUCAUACUCUGGCAAUUCCUCCCAACGGACUCGUGUUGAUCCAGCCCCUUUUGCCGAGUCUGCCGACCGCUCAAAACUCACUUCUAGGUUGAGCGAGUUUGCUGGGGGGUUGCCUAGUGUGGUGGGGAGAUUCAAGAGCCCGUUCGAGGUGGGGAGCGCGGAGAGAAGAGGGAAGGAGGGGCCGACGGAGAUCUAUGUGAAGACGGUGAAAGAGGUGCACGAGGACGAUAUGGUCUAG